AUGCAACGGAAGCGAGCCGAAGCAUUGUUGGCGGAGGGCAUUUUUUGCUUGUUAUUAGGCCAGACAUUAGCUGUAUUCUCUUAUCUGCUCACCACUUAUUGGCUAGAAUCGUCAAAGGUCGACUGCUCGUCGCUUAUUGGCCAGAAUGGUCGUAAGUCGACUGCUCGUCUCUUUGGGCCAGUCACUCUUCGGCCUUCCUAUUGGCGCUUGGUAUUGACCAAUCAGGAAGAGCAUUUUGACCAAACCCCUUCUCUUCCCCUCGCAUUUGCCGCUUCCCAGACCGGCGCAAUGGCUCGUUCUGAUGCUGGAUUUACGCUCCGAGGGCCCGAUCUACCGACGGCUUGA